AUGCCCAAGAAAGGAGGGAAGCACGCUGAAAUGGGAAAAGAAACGCAGACACAAUGUAAACGAGCAAAGGUGGAAGCAGCUUGUUCUCCAUCAGUCCUGAGUUUUGAGAACCCAGACAGCCUCUUUGGAAGCUUGAUCUCUCCCAUCAAACCAGAGUUGUUUUUCAGGGAGUAUUGGGAGCAAAAGCCGCUGCUUGUUCAAAGAAAUGACCCCCGGCUGGCUGCUUACUACCAGUCCCUGUUCCAGUUGUCAGAUUUGAAGGAACUGUGCAGCCGGGGUCUAUUCUAUGGGCGAGAUUUAAAUAUCUGCAGAUGUGUUAAUGGAAAAAAGAAAGUUUUAAAUAAAGAAGGCAAAGUGAACUACAUGCAGCUAAAGAAGGAUUUUGACCAGAAAAAGGCAACAAUACAGUUUCAUCAGCCUCAGAGAUUUAAGGAGGAGCUGUGGAAGAUUCAGGAGAAGCUGGAGUGCUACUUUGGAUCUCUGGUUGGGUCGAAUGUUUACAUUACUCCCCAAGGGUCGCAGGGCCUUCCCCCUCACUACGAUGAUGUUGAGGUGUUUAUCCUUCAGCUAGAAGGUGAGAAACAUUGGCGACUCUAUAAACCAACGGUGCAUCUAGCUCGGGAGUAUAAUGUCGAAUCAGAAGAUAGGAUUGGGAAUCCCACACAUGAAUUCAUAUUAAAG